UGUGGCUUUUGACACUGUUGUUUUUGGGUCGUAGCGGCUGUUUUUUAAUCCAUUUCAUCACUUGCCAAUGGAUGCUUAUAAAAGUCGCCUGUGUCUGUCCUAGAGGGUUAAUGUUAAACGCAUUUUCGGGUUGGUAUUCAGUCAUUAUUCUGACUUUAGUUUUGUCGCAGCGGUUGUUUUUCAGGGUCAGGAUAUAUUAGCUGACAGAUGCUCUGACUCACUUCUCUUUUCUGUUUCACCCAGUCAGUCCAUGGCCGAUCAGCAUGAGUCCAUCGAUCUCAGGUCUCCAGCGGACCCUCCAGCAGCUGCAGAACACAGCUGGUUCCCUGGACCCCCUCCUCCCAUCUACUCCUGCAGUCUGACCCCUGAGCUGGUGGCCAAGGCACGGGAGGAGCUCCAGGAGAAACCAGAAUGGCGUCUCCGAGAUGUCCAAGCACUGAGAGACAUGAUACUGAAGGAACAACCCAAUCUCAGGACGAGGCUGGACGACGCCUUCCUCCUGCGCUUCCUGCGGGCCAGGAAGUUUGACUACGACCGGGCCCUGCAGCUGCUGCUCAAUUACCAUGCGGGACGUAAGGCCUGGCCAGAGGUGUUCCAGGACCUGAAGCCGUCCACGGUGAAACACGUCCUGGACCUGGGCUUCCUCACGGUCCUGCCUCAGCCGGACCCCAACGGAAGAUACAUCCUCUGUCUCCGUCCGGGAAAAUGGAAGCCGAAUGAUUAUCCGUUUGUGGACAAUGUGAGGGCCAUUUAUCUGACUCUGGAGAAGCUGAUCCAGCCAGAGGAAACUCAAGUGAACGGUAUCGUCAUUUUAGCUGACUACACCGGAGUGGGCAUGUCACAAGCAUCCAAUCCAGGCCCAUUCCUUGCCAAAAAAGUUGUGAGCAUCCUCCAGGAUGGGUUUCCAAUCAGAAUCAAGGCUGUUAACAUAAUUAACGAGCCCAGGAUUUUCAAAGGCAUCUUUGCUAUAAUUAAGCCUUUUCUGAAGGAGAAGAUGGCAGAGAGGUACAUCCUCCACGGCUCAGACCUGCGCUCUCUGCACCGGAGCAUCCCCCGGUCGGUUCUGCCGGAGGAGUACGGCGGCACCGCGGGCCAACUGGACAUGGGUGCGUGGUCCAGACUGCUGCUGGACUGUGAGGAGGAAUUUAUAGUGGAGUUCUGCCAGCCAGAUCCACUAGAGGGUGUGGUGCUCCCAGACUCCAUGCUGUUUGAAGGCGAGCAGGCCAGCGGGCAGGACGACGACAUCUUCAGGGGGCUGCGCUCUCAACUUUAUUACUGUUACUGAUUGCACAUUGUAGAUACACUCCCAUCACUGAGAGGACAUUUUUCUGUUUCAUUUGAAACAUGUGUGUAGACUUUUACAGGGCAAGUUGCCAAUAUUAUACAUGAUUUAUUUUACUAACUAAGCAGCACUACUAUAGUCGUCUCUAGUUUAUACUUAGCCCAACAUUCAAUCAUGGUUCCAAGGCAGCUGCAGGCUCUGGCAAAGAGGCUUUUGACAUGAGCCCUUGCCCCUCUAUGAAUUCAUUUUAGUUUUUAAUAUUUUCCACUGAGGAGGAAUGCUAAAAAUAGUCUUAUCAAACUCACAUCUCUUCCGUUUGUUUAGAAUCUGCAUACCGACAGUCAGUCGUAUACUGGCCAUUACUGCUCUGUCUGCAUGAUUACAUCGCUCCACGAAACGAUCAAAAGAUUGAGACAGUUUCUGUGUAUGUCACCGACUAAUGCAUUGCCUUAAACUGUUAAUUAAUCAGUAGAUUUUUUUUGCAAGGGAUGUGUCAUAAAUCAUGUUGGAUUUGUGUGAACCAAAGCAAUACUCAUGUGCGUUCUCGUGGAUAUACUUUAUGGUUAGUAAAUGGACAUAUAGUAGAUGGCUGCUGUGGCUGAGAGAGUGAAUAUUGUACUAGAUUUACCUGUAAAUGUUGUUGCUGAUAUACAAUAUUUCAGGGCCUUUGUUUAGAUGAUGUUUUAGUUUUCUCUAGCCUGAAUCACUGAGAGGAUUAUUUUUCUAAAUUCAGAUAAUCUGCCUUAUGUUUUUUUUUUUUUUUAAAUGUUUUUUUGACCUGUUUGCCUGUGUCUCAUCACGCAGUCUUAACACGGGGCCAUUACUGAUCACAGGAGUCACAUUGGAGAAUUGCAGUGCUAGAAUAUUCAAUACUGACUUUACAGACAUCUAGUUUGCCAAAUUUCACACCAGGCCAUGUACAGAGAUGUGCAUUAAUGUCGGAUCUGUUUUCUCGCGGUAGCCCGAAGCUAACUCUUUUGUUGUGUACAGUCUUUUAUAUUUUUAUUUUGUGCACGUAUGUUACUGUAAGCUGUAUUAUGUUGCAAAAUUGUUCCUAGUGAAGACAGUAAAGUGAAACAGAAAGCU